CUAUGGCUCCACUAUCGUUCAUACUCAGACCAUGGCAAAUCUGGACCUUGCAGACGACCAGGACUCGGCAUCAAAAAGCCGCACUUCGAGCUGGGCGAGUUCACUCCGGCUCGACAACUGAGUCCUUCUCGUCUUGUUUCACCCAUCCAUUAUCUUACCGGCCGAUUCCUACGCCGCGAACGCUUCCCCCAUCGUCAUCAGAUAUACUCAGAAUCAGGAAAAAUGAAGAAUUUCAAGGGUGUGGCUUUUUUGGUCAUGGUCUUCGCCCACCGCGUUGUGACCGAUAUCCGCCUUGCCAACAUCCCCCCUGGCACUCCCGGCCUCAACGACACCUGCAUCGGCGUUCUCAAUCAAGACAUCAACUGCAACGAGUCUUUGACCUGGGCGACUGAGAUCAACUACUAUUACGACAGUGACACGAUUAACUCGCUGUGCACGCCCACCUGCAGGGCUGCUCUCGGCGUCUAUCUCGAUGAGGUGAAGUCCGCCUGCGAGACGAGUCGUUACACCGACGACAAGAAUGGGCUCAGCUAUCACGCCGGCUACGACGCCGAACUGGCCUGGGAGAGAUUCAACGUCUUGUGCGCGACGAACGCUGCAGGUGAGAAUUGUAACCUGGUCAUCGGAAAGCUUGCCGGCAUCAACCCGGAGAACCAGCAACGCACCGGCUCGUCGGACCCCAGCGUGAUGUGCAAUGAGUGCGCCCUCUCUGUCAUAAAGACACAGGUUGAGGCUCCCCUGGCCUCAAACGCCGACCUGGCGAGUGGCCUCAGCAUGAUCGCCUCGUCCUGUAAGACAACCGUCAACGUCACACCUCCCCCGUCUGCAAGCCCUGCCUGGGUGAGUGUCAUGGACACGCCCGUCACGGCUUCGACGGGAGCUCAGGCGGCGUCGCCUUCAUGCGCCGGGACAAAGUACACCAUUAAGGCCGGAGACACGUGCCAGUCCGUUGCGGAGCAGCAGAGCAUCGACACAGUUCAGCUGCUGGCCGCGAACAACCUUGUCGCGAAUUGCUUCAACUUCCCCACGGCCGCCGGGAGCACGCUCUGCAUCCCGACCGCGGCCGUCUGCAAGCCAUACGUGGUCAAGGCAGACGACACCUGCACCACAAUUGCGAACUCGGCAAAGGCCACCUGGGCCCAGAUUGUGUCCUGGAACCCGGAGCUCGGCCGGUCUUGUCAAAACGUCGCACGAUAUGUCGGCUUUGUUGUGUGCGCCUCCAACCCAGGCGGCAGCUGGGUCGAUCCAAACCCCCAGCCCACGGCCACGACCGGAUCGGGCAUAACCGCAACGUCUGACAUUGACACUGUCUUCACCCUACCCAUGACUCCAAUUCCUAUGAAUAAUGGGUUCACCACUGUGGGCGCGAUCCCGAUUUGGGCCGACGAGGAACUUUGA